AUGGUUGUCAACAUUGAGACGAUUGUUGGUGCUAGUUUCGAAAAUGGUGAUGAGAAACCAGAAGCCAUAAGUUGCUAUGCAUGUCAAAAACACAUAUCAAGUGGUUUUGUCUACGGUUGCACCCAAUGUCGUUACUUUAUGCAUAAAGCAUGUGCACAACUUCCGCCUACUAUUGACCACCAUUCCUUAUAUAAGCAACCUCUUACACUAGUCGAUUGUAAAGCCAUGCAUUUCAGAACUUGGCAUUGUGACGUGUGUCGUCAAAACAAAGUUUUAGGGCUUUUCUAUUCCUUUAUGAAACAUGACAACAUUUAUUCGUUUACAGCUUGCAUUGAUUGUUGUGUUGUUGAGCUUGUUCAUAAGGCAGAAAUCGAUGCUAUCAAGGAGGAGGCAAGGAUCAAGAUUGAACAUGAAGGACACCCACAACACACUUUGACCCUCCAGUUAAGACCUGGUGCAUUCCGUUGUGAUGCUUGCAAUGCUAAGAAUGAAGGAUUAUUCUAUCAGUGUGAUAGUUGUGACUUUUGGAUCCACAAGACGUGUGCUUCCUUAGCCCCUACCAUCCAUUUCCCCAACCACCUUGAUCACCCACUCACUCUUGUCUAUUCUCUUCCAGAAAAGUUCUUUAAUUUCUCAUAUUAUUGUGAAAGUUGCAACAUAUAUAUCCGAUGGAAUGAGUGGUUGUACCAUUGUGCAAACUGUAGAUAUUUUGUGCAUAUCAAGUGUGCCUUAGACACAAAGCAACUUUCAACUUCAAGAGAUAAUCCAAGUACAUCUACCACGGAGGAAGACAUAAAUGAUUCGUUGCAUUUUCCCAUGUCACAAGUUUUUACGGAUCCACUGAAAUUACUACAUUUUGAAAAGACAAGUCAAGAUGAUGAUGGAGAAACUAAUAUUAACCAUUGGAGUCAUGGUCAUCCUUUAAUCCUUAAUGUUGAACCUUACCCUAACAUGUCUGAUAUCAACUGUAGUGAUCCGAUAGAGGAUCAUUCGCUUGACUUGAUAAACACAUGGGGACAACAAAUUUACUGUAGAUGCAAUAGCUGUGGUAGCUUUGGCAACACGUUUUUAUACAGAUGUGAAACUUGCAAGUUCAACCUCGAUGUCAAUUGUGCCUUUCUACCUAGAACCAUCAAACACAAAUCCCACAAGCAUCCUCUUAUCCAAGUUAUGGAUCCUGACCCUCUUUGUAAUGCUUGCAACAUGUGGUAUGAUCAUAUAAGCUAUGCUUGUAAGCCUUGCAACUUCAUAUUGGACAUGUAUUGUGUAAUGAGAUCACCAGAUUCCCUUGGUCAUAGGUAUUGCAAAGGACAUGAAAUUCCAUUGACAUAUCCCCCAGUCAUGGAUCAUCCUGAAGAUUUCUAUUGUGAUAUUUGUGAGGAAGAAAUGCACCCCAAGUUACCCCUCUAUUAUUGUGGAAAAUGCAAAAAUUCUUUUCACCUUUAUUGCAUUAAUCGAUUUAAGUGUUUUGCAAACGUUUUCCACGAAGGCACCUUCAAUGUUCCCUAUCAUAAACAUCCAUUAACAUAUGUCCGAAGAAAGAAAACGCCCAAGUAUGUGUGUUGUAAUUGUAAUCAAGAUAUUAAUGGUUGUUUGAUCCUAGAAUGUCAGAGUAGAGUCUGUAGUUUCAAUAUAUGCUUUGAAUGUGAUUAUAAUAAGGAAAUGGAUCCUUAA